AUGUUUCAAGCAUUACGAUUUAUGAAGCCUAGUCUAGGUCGUAAUUACUUAUUCAGCAACAACAGCCUUUUAUCACUAACGUUUAAAAACGUAAGACAAUAUAAGAAUGUACUGUUCAACUCCAAUGUUCAAAUCUUGCAAUCAUCGAUGAACCCAUGGCAAAGAAACUUCCUAAAGCAGUUUAUGAACCAGCAAGCCAAACAAUCUCCCCUUAGCAGAAGCCCAACUUGGAAGAGUUAUAACCUGUACUAUAAUAGGUCGAAUUGGGACAAGUUGAAAAAGCCUCUAUUGUUCACGGUGGCAUUUUGUGUGGGCACAACGCUUUUAACUCCUUAUUUAUACAGCCAUACACCCUUGUCAGUGCUCAAGCAGUACCCACAGGCGUUAGUAUGGGGAAUCAUUGCUAUAAACGGUGCUGUGUUUUUAAUGUGGAGGGUGCCUCAAUUACAACGUUUCACCAUGCAAUAUGCAAUCUUAUUUAAAGAUAAUAUCCAAUCACCGUGGACUUUGUUGGGGUCGGCAUUUUCUCAUCAGAGUUUUGCUCAUUUCUUUAUCAAUAUGCUUUGUUUUCAAUCAUUUGCUGCGUCGUUGGUGGGCAUACUUGGUGUGUCAAACUUCACCAUUAUGUACUUGAAUGCCGCUGUUCUUUCAUCGUUUGCAUCCCUUGCCAUUCCCAUGUUUUUGGGUAGUUCGUUGGCAGUUGCGUCCCUUGGAGCAUCAGGUGCCAUAUUCGGAGUGUUUGGUUGUUUUUCAUACUUGUUCCCCGCUGCACCUGUCGGUAUAUUCUUUAUCCCCGUCCCUGGUGGAGCCUGGGUCUUGUUUCUAGGCACCAUGCUUUGGAAUGCGGCAGGAACUGUCUUACGAUGGGGAACGUUCGACUAUGCUGCCCAUUUGGGAGGUAGUUUGGUUGGAAUUGCCUACGGUUAUUACUAUAACAAAAAGAGAAGAGAACUGAUCCGGAGAAGAACAUUAGUAUUAGACUUUUAG